UGGAAGACAGCAGAAUAUAAAUCUGUUUGUUGAGAUCAGGAGAAAGCUAGUGGCUAGACUGGGUCGGGUGGCUGCAAGCAUCAAAAGGUGCAUGGGCUUCCCUGCUUAUUGUGGAUGAGCGCGAAAACAAGGAAGUAGAUACCGUGGAGGCUACCCGCAAACACUGGGCUUGUCUGUCAACCUUACAGGAGAGGUGGGUUGGUGGGAGGUCUAUGACCCCCCCACAUCAUUUUCAUCUGGGUGAAAGAGUGACCGAGAGAAAAGGGGGGGAAAAGAAGGUGUCAGCGAGGGACACUGAGCAAUCUCUAUUCAUUCCUUACCCCCAUUCACAACUCCAUUGCUUCCCAUUAUCACUGCGAUGUAGUGGUGUUCAUGUCGAUUGUAGGAGGAAGGGUCCCAUUGACUGAGGCUGAACCCCUCGCUCCAGCCUAACACAGCCUUUUUCAUUACCAAGCCCCAUCGCUCCCUCUCCCUGGCGUCUGUCUGUUAUUUUCUCCCGUAUCUCUUUUUCAUUGUCCUUUCCACACUGAUCAGGAUUCAGAAGGCAUUCCCCUUUAGAUAGAAGUGGGUGUUUCUGGAGCUGUCAGUUUCUUUGGUUCUGCUACAAAAGACAGCUGAGUGGGAGAAAAGCGAGCGGUAGAGAGAAAAGAGAAUUGAAGAGGAACCUGAAGAAAAGGAGGAGCUGGGGCUGCGUGGAAGAACUGACAUCCAGUAGGUGAAUUGUGAUUAAAUAGAAAUUGUAAAACAAGCUGACAACCAUUUUAAGAUAACAGUUGGAAUUUGCCACUUAGCUGCUUAUCGUUGGAAUAAAAGGCUCAAGCUGCCAAGCAAAAACCCUGGCGACGGUUUGGUUUUUGUUCUACAUUUGGUUGCUUAUUACGUCACUCUAACCUGAAGUUCUUGAAGAAACACUAGAAUCUUGAGGAUCCCUCACCCAACCUGUCACCAUGAAGGGGGACUCCGAGGAUAGCAUUGAGAGCAUCCGGCCCUCCAACCUGCAAGCCUUUGCCAACAUGUCCACCCUACAUGGCAUGAGCCACAUCUUUGCCUAUGGGCACAUGACGUUUCGCCGCUUCCUGUGGACGCUGUCUUUCCUGGGCUCGCUGGCCUUGCUGAUGCUCGUCUGCAUGGACCGUGUGACCCACUACUUUGAUUAUCCCCACGUCACCAAGCUGGAUGAAGUAGCUGCACCCAACCUCACCUUCCCUGCCGUGACCUUCUGUAACCUCAACGAGUUCCGCUUCUCCAAGAUCACCAGGAACGACUUGUAUCAUGCGGGGGAGCUCCUGGCCCUCUUGAACUCCAACUACCAGAUAGCCAACCCUCACCUGGCCGAGCCUGAGGUGCUGGCUGCCCUCAAGGAUAAAGCCAAUUUCAUCAACUUCAAGCCCAAGCUGUUCAACAUGACAGACUUCUACAACCGCACGGGCCAUGACAUCAGUGACAUGCUGCUGCAGUGUACCUUCAAGGGAGCAGAAUGUUACCCGUGGAACUUCAGUACCAUUUACACUCGAUACGGGAAAUGCUACACCUUCAACUCUGGUUUGGACGGCAAUCCGUUGUUAACAACGUUAAAAGGCGGGACAGGAAAUGGGCUGGAGAUCAUGUUAGAUAUCCAACAGGAUGAAUACUUACCUGUUUGGGGAGAGACAGACGAGACCUCGUACGAAGCAGGCAUCAAGGUUCAGAUCCACCACCAGGAAGAGCCUCCCUUCAUUGACCAGCUGGGAUUUGGUGUGGCCCCUGGUUUUCAAACUUUUGUGUCAUGUCAGCAGCAACUGCUUCAGUACCUCCCUCCCCCCUGGGGAGACUGCAAGUCCACCCCUAUUGAUUCAGAGUUCUUCACCACGUACAGCAUCACAGCGUGCCGUAUCGACUGUGAGACGCGCUACCUGGUGGAGAACUGUAACUGCAGGAUGGUCCACAUGCCCGGGACCUCAACGGUUUGCACACCAGAGCAGUACAAGGACUGUGCAGACCCAGCUUUAGACUUCUUGGUAGAGAAAGACAGUGAUUACUGUGUGUGUGAGACCCCCUGCAACAUGACUCGUUAUGGCAAGGAGCUUUCCAUGGUGAAGAUACCCAGUAAAGCCUCUGCAAAAUAUCUGGCCAAGAAAUUCAACAGAACUGAGCAAUACAUUGGAGACAACCUACUAGUUCUGGACAUCUUCUUUGAGGCGUUGAAUUAUGAGAAGAUUGAGCAGAAGAAGGCAUAUGAAAUUGCAGGGUUGCUUGGUGACAUCGGUGGUCAGAUGGGUCUAUUCAUUGGAGCAAGUGUUUUGACCAUACUGGAAAUAUUUGAUUACUUAUAUGAGGUAUUUAAGGCAAAAGUUUUGGGUUACUUCAUGCGCAAGAAACGACCACAGCGCUGUCAGAGCGACAAUCUGGAGUUUCCAGAGAACCCAACCAGCCCUGGUGUCACGCCUAAUCAUGCCCCCAGAGCACCUGUGACACACUCCGGAGUCACUCGGACAGUCUCGGAUUCACGCCGAACAUGUUACCUCGUCACCCGACUCUAGGCAACUUUGAAGAGUUUGCUUGUUGACAACAUAAAGCAGGGUGGGGGGUGGGGUGGGAAACUUUGGGGUUUGACAGCAAACUGUGAAAUAACUAUGUAUCAUUACAAACAUGAGAAGUGUUCAAUACUCAAAGAGUAGUAGGAUCCAUUACUUGCCUGAAUAGAAAUAGAAAUAAUGUCAUAUUAAUAAACCACUUCCAAAACCGAACUCAGGUGAAAUGGCCAUAUUAAGGCGUCAGCUGUAUACUAUUUAUUUGAUGUUGCAUUCUCUUAAACAGGGUGACAUUAGAGUGUUUGAAUCGGUUUUAAUCAGCCUAGUAAUGUAUCAGCCUAGUAAUGUACAUUGAAAGUGGUCUCAGUUUGUCAAUGCAUACACCAUUAUAAUCAGUCAUUUCUGCAGAAUAUCAGAGUGAGAGGCUAGCCAUGGUCAACAUGUGUAGCAUCAGUUCAUCCAGGUUCAUUCAUAAGCAAAACAAGACAGGGAUAAAGACGUCUUUGUGGUACCACUCUCUAAUUGCGAAACCUCAAUGAGAAGUCAAAGAAUUCUGAUUUCAGUGAUUUCUACUUAACUAUGAUCAGUGUUCAAAGACAAAACAGCAGACCUGACUUGAAUCUCUGUACAGUAAUAGACACCUGUUGUCAUUGUUGCCUUGUUGUACAUCGAUGAUUGUGUUCUAAGAUUCUUAAUCAUUGUUGAUUUGAAUUAUAAUACAAAGUGAUGAAAGCCUCUUGCCUACCAAGAAGAUUAACUAUUGCAAGAUCACUGAAUACCAUUCAUUGUUACAUGCUGGAGAGAAAAAAAGCAGGGGUUUAUGUUUGCACAAAUGAAUGUUAAAAUCUUUUCAAUGGGUUUUUGGAAAAUAGGGAACUUUCACAUGGUGAUAAAGAGUGCUCCGCAAUAAAAAAAAUAGAAAAAAAAAGAAAAACGAUCCAUAUACCACUGAAAGAAAUGGUUUCCAAAUGUUUUUUAAUCUAUAGGACUAGAUAAACAUGCCAAUGCACCCAUCUUUAAAGUUAGCAUCUGUGAAUAUUGAAAGGGUUUGGUUUCAUGGCCAUGGCUUUUAACUGCUACAGAAACACUCAUUAGCACAAGUCCCCUGGGAGACUAGUGGAGUACAAACAUAUUCUAGGUGGUGUUCUAAAUAUUGUUUGAAAUGUGUAAAUAUUAGAUCGAAAUCUUAUUAAGACAUUACAACACACUCAUGUCAUGUAUGUUAACAAAAUAGACGACAACAUUUUCCAUUAAAGCUGUUGCGCUAUAAAGGAAUGGGAGAACGUGGCAUUCCGACGGGAGCAGCUAACCUGCCGUCCAAGCACACGGUGGCCUACCCCAAAAUUGUCCAAUCGUUUUUGUUGAUAGUGGACCUCAAGUGUCUUCCAGUUUCCAUUUACUUUCAGUACCCGACACAGAGUACAACUUGUUAUAUGUCAGAGACAGUUUAUUACAGUGCUUCAGAAAACCUAAGUUUCCCAUUCUAUUUAGUUUAAUUGGUUUAUAACACUAAAAUGCAUUGUAUAAUUGCAUUGGUAUACUAUUGUUAUAGAAAUUCCAUGUUAUACAGCUCAAAUAACACAGUCAGUUUGUGAUGUGUAAAUGAUCUAAUAUAAUAAACUAUAUAUUUAACCAUCAUCCUACGUACAAAACCUGUUUAUCUUUGUGUCAGUAAAAAUGUAAUACUAUUGUUCAUGUUCAGUAUAGUCAUCUGUGCUUGUGUCUAUAUAUCUUCAUCUUUUAAAUGGGACUUACAGUGGAUAUGAAAAGUUUACACACCCCUGUUAAAAUGCCAUGUAAAAAAUGGGACAAAGAUAA